CAAAGGGUGGAGUGGGUCUUUUGAAGACGCACACAACCACAAUCCCUGAAGGAAGAGGUUGAGCAAAAAGGAUUUAAAGUCAACAGUGCGUUUGGAAUAAAGUUAAUAAUUAGGUUAAAUUAACCGGGCUACAAAAACGCCACUGUAAUGUAACGUGUUACUUUUUAUUCUCCUAUCUGUCAUGCAGGUUUCGCGGAUCCGCGCGGCGCGUAAAAGCGAGUGGCUCACAUGCGCCCUGACGCACCACUUCAGCCCAGAUCCCUGCGUGGAAAACGAGAUCGUGGUUCUGGCCACCGGCGUGGACCAGUACCUCCAGGAGGUGUUUCAUCACCUCGCCUUUUACCACGGCGAUGACCUGGUCUCGGGCGAGGACUUUAGGAGUCUGUGUUUGAUUUUGGGGAUCCCCGAGAGCGCGGAGACCGAGAGCGCCACUUCUGAGCACCGGGAUGUUUGCCACGGACUUCCUCUCGCGCUGAACUUUAAAGAUUUCCACGCGCGGAUCUGUGGGUUUUUCUCGCUAAAGGCGCAGGAAGGGCAGACGGGAGUUCGACUUCCGGUCAGCGAGGAGACCGAGCACGUUGAGAGGGAGAUCAGGCUCCGGUGUCCCCGCGUCCGGAGGAGAAAGUGCGUCAGUUUUGACCUGUCUGCCGAGCAACAGAACCGGGGGAGGUCGGCGAGGAGGUCCUCUCAGAAUCCGGAUCAUUUACAGAGCUCUGCUGUGGAGCCCAAGAGAAACGCAGUGGAUAUUAACCCUCAGAGGAGAUGGCAGGACCAGCUGGAGCUGGAGAACGCCAGUCUGAGGGAGCUGGUGGAGGACUUGCGUUCAUCUCUCCAGAGCAGCGACGCACGAUGUCUGGCGCUGGAGGUGGCCUUACGCCGGAAACACGUGCCAUCAUCCCAACACGCUGCAGGAGGAACCUCUGAAAAACAGCACUGCAAGACAAAAACACGACGAUCCAAACCCACGGAAUGUGACUCCAGAAGAAGCACCAAAGACCUCCUGCGAGAGCUGGAGCUGAUCCGCGCUUCUCGCGACGGACAGCUGGAGGAAGCCAUGAGGUUUAACCAGAGGCUAGAGGAAGAGCUGAUGGCGGCUUACGGAGAGAUUAGCAGGAUGAAGGAGACGCUGGACAGCGUCCGGACCGAAAACACGCGGAUUAAGAAGAGGACGGAAGAGGUCAGAGAGUCGCUGGCCGCGGGGCUGCAGGGCGUGAGGACAUUACAAGACCAGGCUCGACAAGCUGACCGGCUCCGAGAACAAGUCCAGAGUCUGGAGAGGUUCAGGGCCCAGUGCACCUGCACAGAGCUGAACAUGAUCAAGACCGAAAUACUAACCGAACCAUGUGGGUCUGGGUUUUCCUCCCCCAUCAGUCAUGAUGAGGCCAGAAGAGAAGAAGACCUGCAGAGGUCAGUAGAGGGUCGGGCAGCAUCAGAUGAGGAAGAGGAGGAGAUGAGCGUGGAUGAAGGACAGUGCUGCCAUCUGGAGGUGAAACGACUGAUCAACAGAUUACACAGCUGUUCUAAAGGGUGUCAGAAAGCUGCUAUCUGCGAUUGGCUCGUCUCUCAGAGCUCAGCUCAUAGCAAAGACAGGGAAACACGUGUGUGCAUUCCUCAAGCCAACGAGGGGGGAAUCCAAGCGGGAAAGAUGGAGCAGAAAGAGGUGGAGAGUGUGAGGGUUUAUCAUUCACUGCUGGAGGAGAGGCUCACGUUACUGCUGCAGAUACCACACAAAAGAGUGUCUCGCAGGAUCCUGGGGAAAAUACUGGUCAACACGCUUGAUCUGUGCGCUACAAAAAGCCACGACUGCACUCCGGUGAUCCUGGUGGUGGACACACUGUGCCGCCAGCUCCUCUCCAGUGACCUCCUGGACGGAGGAGAGGAAGUGAGCGCUGGGUCACGACCUUCCGGGACCUCAGGUCACCCAAACACAUCCAACCCCCUUCUGAUGUCCUGCUGAGAUAUCACAGAUGUCCCACUUUAAACACUUUACGUGAGGGUACAGAUCGGUGUUCUGUUAUUUCUUUUGCCUUUAAAGACGUCAAGUAUUGCUUGAUAAUACUUAAUGUUAUGUUGUAUAAGUUAUUGUAAUAAAUAUUAAUGUAUUAAUUAUUAUAUUCAUUAAAAGCAUACAUUUUUAUCUCACAAUUCUAUUUUUCUCAUCAUUUUGAGAUAUAAACUUUCGAUUAUA